GCCGCGGGCGCGGGCAGCCCUCGGCGGCGCCCCCGCAGGCUCCGCGCCCCCGGACCGCGGCUCGGCCGCGCAUGGACGCGCGCUCCCGCCUGCACCUAUGCUGUUUGGAGAUGACAACCAAAAGGAAAAUUAUUGGCCGUUUGGUGCCCUGCCGGUGUUUUCGUGGUGAAGAAGAAAUUGUCUCAGUGUUAGAUUACUCCCACUGUGGCCUACAGCAGGUGCCAAAGGAGGUUUUUAGCUUUGAACGGACGUUAGAGGAACUUUACCUAGAUGCCAAUCAAAUUGAAGAGCUACCUAAGCAACUGUUCAACUGUCAAGCUUUACGCAAACUGAGUAUACCAGACAAUGACCUUUCAAGUCUGCCAACCACUAUUGCUAGCUUAGUUAACCUCAAAGAACUUGAUAUCAGUAAAAAUGGAAUUCAAGAUUUUCCAGAAAAUAUUAAAUGUUGUAAGUGUUUAACAAUUAUUGAAGCCAGUGUCAAUCCAGUCUCUAAGCUGCCAGAUGGCUUCACACAACUUCUAAAUUUGACCCAGCUCUAUCUAAAUGAUGCCUUUUUGGAGUUUCUUCCAGCUAACUUUGGAAGACUUGUCAAAUUGCGAAUUUUGGAGUUAAGAGAAAAUCACUUGAAAACUCUACCAAAGUCAAUGCACAAACUGACUCAACUGGAGAGACUUGAUCUGGGCAAUAAUGAAUUCUCUGAACUGCCUGAGGUUCUUGAACAAAUACAGAAUCUAAAGGAAUUGUGGAUGGACAAUAAUUCUUUGCAAAUACUACCUGGGUCUAUAGGGAAGUUAAAACAGCUCGUGUACCUGGAUGUGUCAAAAAACAGGAUAGAAACUGUUGAUUUGGACAUAUCAGGAUGUGAAGGACUGGAAGAUCUCCUGUUAUCAUCCAAUAUGUUGCAGCAACUGCCAGACUCCAUCGGACUGUUGAAAAGGCUUACAACUUUAAAAGUAGAUGACAAUCAGCUUACAAUUCUGCCAAAUGCAAUUGGAAAUUUAUCUUUAUUAGAAGAAUUUGACUGCAGCUGCAAUGAGUUGGAGUCCUUACCUUCUACCAUUGGCUACCUUCAUAACCUGAGGACGUUGGCUGUGGAUGAGAAUUUCCUUCCUGAACUGCCCAGAGAAAUUGGAAGCUGUAAAAACAUAACAGUCAUGUCUCUGCGCUCUAACAAGCUAGAAUUUCUUCCUGAUGAAAUUGGUCAGAUGCAGAAGCUGAGAGUGUUAAAUCUGAGCGAUAACAGACUGAAGAAUUUACCAUUCACUUUUACUAAGCUUAAAGAACUUGCAGCUUUGUGGCUUUCUGACAACCAGUCCAAGGCUCUCAUUCCAUUGCAAACUGAGGCUCACCCAGAAACAAAGCAGAGAGUACUGACUAACUACAUGUUUCCCCAGCAACCCCGCAGUGAUGAAGAUUUCCAGUCAGACAGUGAUAGUUUUAACCCUACUUUAUGGGAGGAGCAGAGACAACAACGUAUGACUGUUGCCUUUGAAUUUGAAGAAAAAAAGGAAGAGGAGGAAAAUGCAGGGAAAGUCAAGGUUGAAAUAAAUCUAAAACGUUAUCCCACUCCAUACCCGGAGGAUUUAAAGAAUAUGGUAAAAUCAGUUCAAAAUCUGGUGGGCAAAACAAGCCAUGGAGUACGGCCUGAGAACUCAACACCAACUGCGAACAGUGAACAAACUGUGAAAGAAAAGUAUGAGCACAAGUGGCCCAUGGCACCAAAGGAGAUUUCAGUGGAGGAUGCCUUUGGACAUCCCGCCAGUGAGAUGAGGAUAGGGGAACUUCGUCCUUCCAUGCCAGAGACUCCGUUGUACCCACCCAAACUUGUUCUUCUGGGUAAAGAGAAGAAAGAAUCGACAGAUGAGUCUGAAGCAGAUAAGAUCCAUUGUCUGAAUAACAGCGUUUCCUCAGGCACUUACUCAGACUAUUCCCCUUCCCAGGCUUCCUCAGGGUCCUCCAACGCGCAUGUUAAAAUGGGGUCCUUGCAGACAACGGCUAAAGAAGCAGUGAAUAACUCUUUGUGGGGGAACAGGCUGGCACAGUCAUUUCCUCAGCCCCUUGAAACAAAGCCAUUGCUGAGCCAGCGGGAAUCCACUGCGGCGGGGAACCUGCCACAGCGCACCGACAGGCGCCCACUGAGCGACACCUUCACCGACAGCUGGAACGACAGCUCGCAUUACGAUAACACAGGGUUCGUUGCAGAGGAGAACACGAUGGAGAAUCCGAGUGCUAACCCCCUCCUGAGCACGAAAUCCAGAAGCACAUCUGCGCACGGACGCAGGCCGUUGAUUAGACAAGACAGGAUAGUUGGCAUUCCGCUGGAGCUGGAGCAGCCGACCCUCAGAAACACACAUGAAUCUGAAGUGCCUCCUCCCAAUCCUUGGCAAAAUUGGACCAGAACUCCUAGUCCUUUUGAAGACAGGACAGCUUUUCCUUCCAAACUGGAAAGCACCCCCACCACCAGCCCUUUGCCUGAGCGGAAAAAUCAUGUCAAAGAGUCUCCUGAAAUGACUGGCACCUUCACUCCAGGAAUAGCAUGGGAAUAUCAUGAUUCAAAUGCUAACAGAAGCCUCACAAAUGUCUUUUCCCAUAUCCACUGUCGCCCAGAUCCUUCCAAAAGCGUUAUUUCAAUCAGCAAGAGUACAGAACGGCUUUCUCCAAUGAUGAGGGAUUUAAAAACUAACAAAUUUAAGAAGUCACAAAGUAUCGAUGAGAUAGACAUUGGUACAUACAAAGUGUAUAAUAUACCCUUAGAAAACUAUGCAUCUGGUAACGAUACUGUAGGAACCCAUGAGAGGGUGGACAAGCUCCUGGGCCCGGAGCACGGCAUGCUGAGCAUGUCCCGCAGCCAGUCGGUCCCCAUGCUGGACGAUGAGCUGCUGACAUAUGGCAGCGUCAAGGUGCAGCCGCAGCAGAAGUCAUCUGUCACGAAGAAGGUCUACCAGUUCGACCAAAGCUUCAACCCGCAGGGAGCAGUGGAGGUCACAGCGGAGAAGAGGCUACCGCCACCUUUCCAGCUCAACCCUGAGUACAUUCCCCAGCAGAGUAAAAACCUGCCCCAGGAUCUGGUCAGCCCGAGGGCCUACCGCGGCUACCCCCCCGUGGAGCACAUGUUCUCCUUCUCCCAGCCUUCGGUGAACGAGGAGGCAGUCAGUGCCCCCUUUGCGAGCCAGGGGUCUCGGCCGGGGUUCUUGAGGAGGGCGGAUUCGUUGGCCAGCUCCACCGAGAUGUCCAUGUUCAGGAGAGUCAGUGAGCCCCAUGACCUGCCCCCGAGUGAUAGGUAUGGCAGGCCUUCGUACCGAGGAGCUGUGGAGCGGCAAGGCAGUAUCUCGGUCUCUGAGUCUCAGUUCCUCAAGAGGAACGGCAGGUAUGAAGAUGAGCAUCCUUCCUACCAAGAAGUGAAAGCCCAGACUGGAAGCUUUCCAGUUAAAAACCUUACACAAAGGAGGCCGUUGUCUGCAAGAAGCUACAGUACAGAGAGUUACGGCACAUCGCAAACCAGGCCGGUUUCAGCGAGGCCUACAAUGGCAGCUCUGCUGGAAAAGAUACCGUCAGACUAUAACUUGGGUAACUAUGGCGACAAGCCUUCCGAUAACAGUGAUAUAAAGACAAGGCCUACCCCUGUGAAGGGAAAUGAGAGCUGUGCUAAAAUGCCUGCUGACUGGAGACAACAGCUACUUAGACAUAUAGAAGCUAGAAGGUUAGACAGGACCGCUGCUUACAAACACAACACAGUUAGCCUUGGCAUGCUGCACUCUGGAGGUUUUUCAGCAAUGCAUGCCGGCAGAAGCAUGACUUUAAACUUGCAGACUAAAUCUAAAUUUGAAAACCAAAUGCUUCAAGAGCUACCUCUACCGAAAACCCCGUCGCAGCAGAGCAGCAUUCUGGACAACGGGCAGGAGGAGGUGUCUGUGAGCAGCCAGUGGAACCCCUACCCGCUGGGGCGGCGGGACGUGCCGCCCGACACUGUCACGAAGAAGGCAGGUAGCCAUAUCCAGACUUUAAUGGGAUCACAAAGUCUACAGCAUCGGAGCCGCGAGCAGCAGUAUGAAGGAAACAUGAACAAAGUCACCAUUCAGCAGUUUCAGCCACCACUGCCUAUUCAGAUUCCCUCUUCGCAGAGCUCUCGAGCACCUCAGACAGGGCGAUGUUUAAUCCAAACCAAGGGUCAGAGAAGCACAGAUGCGUAUCAGGAGCAGUUUUGUGUGAGAAUAGAGAAGAAUCCUGGCCUUGGCUUUAGUAUCAGUGGUGGAAUAAGUGGACAAGGAAAUCCAUUCAAACCGUCUGAUAAGGGUAUCUUUGUUACUAGGGUUCAGCCUGACGGACCAGCAUCCAGCCUGCUCCAGCCUGGCGAUAAGAUCCUCCAGGCAAAUGGACAUAGUUUUGUACAUAUGGAACAUGAGAAAGCUGUAUUACUACUGAAGAGUUUCCAGAAUACAGUAGACCUAGUUAUUCAACGUGAGCUUACUGUCUAAAUAUUUUUUUAUAAAUAGUAAAUAUGUCUAGCCAGAUCUAAUGUUCAGACAGAUUUAUACAUAGGAAACAAAUUUUUUGCCAAUUGCUGGACCAAUGGCAAACAGUAGUGCCAAAUGUAUAAUACUAUAUGUUAGUACCAAUCAUCUCGAAAAAAAUAUAUUAACUAUAUAAAUAUAUGGUUCAUGUGGCUAUGUAUUAGUUUUAAUUGUCAGCCUCUGGCUGUGCAUUGGUGCGUUUUUUUAAUCAAGUUACUUCUUAAGGUCAAUUUCAUAUGAUUUCAAAACACAGAAGCACAUACAAAUUCUUUAGGAAUUCUGCUGUCCAUCAGAAACACUGCCUCAAAGUUGUAUAUGCCUUUAUAAAGAUAAAAUAUAUUAACCUGUACUUCCCAUGAAAUAUUUCUAUCAUGUCACAUACAAAAAUAUAGAGAAAAAAAUAUUUUCAUAAACACCUCGAAGAAAGUAUAUAUUAAAUUAAAUUUAAUAAUGUUCAUUUAUUUUCAAUGCAAAGAUAUUAUAUGCCUUAUGAAAAUACCUGUACAUAUGCAGUGUGUAUAGCUGGCUCCAUAUUAAUUAGUAAAAAUGUCACUAUACAGGGUGAGAUACUUAAUAAAUUGUACUGUCAACUCUGGGACCUAGGUACAAGCAACCUACAUAAAAAUUGGUUAACUUCCUUUUGUUUGACACAUUCAGUUGAUUCCAUGUGAACACACCAAAUGGACGAACAGUGAGUUUAGACAGGUGUGCCUCAUCACUGGAAGGAGGUCGUGAUGGGUGGCAGUAAAGCUGCUUCUGUUGCUGCUAAUUUUAUUAUUUAACUUUUUAAUUUAAAAUUAUAGGCCCUUUACUUGCAUUCCCCAUUUCUCCAGCCUUACAUUGUUCUGCAUUUUCACUCUGGUCCAGGUUGUGCUAGCCCCUGCUCACUACAUUUGCUAUCAGUGAGGCUUUAACCUUUAUAUAAUCCUUUAUUUGAGUAAUAGUCUCUUUAUAAUUAAUGGGAGCAGGUUUAAUCUAAGAUAUGAUGCAUCACAGGGGGAGCAGCAAAUGGUGAUGAGCGAGCUUUGGAAAAGCUUUCCCAUGGAAGUAUGCACUUUGAAAACCGUUAAGGUAAAGGUCCUGGUGCUGUUCCCAACAGAGAACACUGACAGCACAGAACUUUGCAAAACUGCCUUUGGUUCAGCAGUUCAAGUGUCCGUCAUGUCCAUAACUGACAGCAAGACGGGAAAACGUAAGAAAACCUCCCAUGAGAUUUUUUCAUGGGAUCCAGUUUCCAUUGACCGGAGUGACACCGAUGGCAAUAGACUGCGGGGAGAGCCGGGACGUGCUGUGGGAGAGCCAGGCUCACCCGCACCUUUUCCAGCUGGAUUAGCAACACCCUGAAAAACCCAGGUCAGAGGAGCGUAGCUAUAGCACAUGGGCACCGCCAGGAACAUCUUACUUUUCUGCUUGCAAGAGCCUCUAGAAAGUCUUAAACCUUUCUUCUGUUCUCAUCAAGUGCACACUGACCGAGGUAAUCAUACUUCAAAUUAAGCUAAACGUCAAAAGACGACACUGCUGUCACGUAUAAAGCCCUGUCUGCUGUGUGGACCUCAUGUUUCUCCCACAGAGGUAUAAAUAUACUUUGUGGAGUUCUGCUGCAGUCUUGUGUAGAGUAGGCAGAAGGGCUGAGCUACGACAGGUGCUGUCAGCAUUCCUGUUGGCCGAUGUGUCCCUGCCGUCACUGAAACCACCCGUACUCGGAGGCGGUUCCUGCACAGGAGGUUUCGUGCGCAGGGGGCUUACGCCAGGCUCCAGGAAAACCAGACGAAUUCAUGGGAGAGGAAUCUGCUGAGGUUACAAAAUGCCUAGCAAUCGCUUGGGUUCGCCUGCUGGGAGAGGGUGGUGUUAUGGAGACCACCUGCGCACGUAGGAAAGGAGAGAGAGAAAGUACCCCGUACAUAAAAAUUGAAUGACAAAUUAGUACAGUAGGAACUCUCCUCUAAUAGUAUUAUGAAGCACCAGCUUUUUAACUGUUUGGAUUUUUUUCCUUUGGGUUUUUUUUUGUUUGUUUUUUUUUUUAAACUGCAUAGCAACUGCUGAGAAGUAGAGUCUGGCUGGGCUGUGGCACUGCAGCCCACGUGCUGGGUCAGAGCGGAGCUGCAGCCCUGGGCUUGGCCGCACUAAGGGAUUGCUUUAGCAAUCGUUUGGAAAGUGACACCUCUCCAUUUGCCUGUGAGUCCCAUGCUCUGGUUGUUGGCAUCUCCCUUUUUGUCCUCAAUCAACAGGAACAAUUAAGUUUAUUAGUAUAAAUAUUUAUGAAACAUGAAUGCCAGGCCAACUGAGCAGGUUCCCAUAUCACAUUAAUUUUACUUUAUCCGUGCAAGCGCUCCUACCGGAAGAGCUUCUGCACCACCAGAGUGGCCACACACCUCCAGACGCCACAGUGAGUCGUAGCUGGGGCUAAUCCUAAAGUUUACGAUUUGAAUAAAUGAUUUUAUGAUAUUCAGAACAUAAAUUAAAACAGUUAAUACUUUCCAGUAAAUGAAAAUCAUCUUGAUACCACAAGCUGAAAAAGCUUGCUGCAUUCACACGAUUUGGUUUUGGAUUGCGAUUUGCUCAAUUUUUUCAGCUUUCAGUUUUCCAUCACAGGGGUGUAAUUUCGUAACAUGCCAACAAAUCACCCAGGCUCUGGCAGAGCCCAUCCAGAAUUUUUCUAACGUUCCAUGGCAUUCCAGAGGCCAAAAUUUCCAUUCUUAUAUCCUCAUUGCCAUUUCAAAAGAGAGAUAAGGGUUUAUUCAACAUCAUGUUCAGAAAAUUGUAGACACCUACGUAGCUUUCAGUUAAUUAUGUUGAAUGGGCAUUUAUGCACCGAAAUUCCUCUGUGGAGCUGCCUUUGGCUUUUCAUGCAGAAAAUCACUCUCCUGAAUGGGACCGCACGCGCACCCAGGCGGCGGCGCAGCCAGUACCAGCGCGUCUGGUGUUACACACCCCACGGGCAUGUCGUGACAGCACAGCUCCCCGGCUCAGCAACCCGUCCCGUGACUCUGCUUCGGGCAGGAACAUGGAGUAAAUGACUACAGCAGCUUUGAAUCAUGCUGUAACGCUGUCUGAUGCCAUCGUGCAGAGCCCAGUGCGCCCAUCCGCGCCCCCGCAAGCAGAAUGACAAGACAGACUCCUGGGGCCUGGGCAGCAUUAAAUAUACAUCUUAUGUACGUAGCACUAAAAAUGUGGUAGGGAGUUGCAGAUAUAGGAAGGAUGAGGAGGGCUCUGCCUUAGGGCCUGGAACCAAGAUAACAACUUAAAGGUAAAAAUUGGUAAACUGAAAAAAACAAGUGAGCUUUAGUGCUUGUUAAUACCGUAUUUUGUGCUCGGGUGUUUUUCUGCAUGCUGAGUUUAUUAGAUCUAAAGCGCAGUGGCAUAAUCAGUCGGGGCUGUGUUAGUGCAGUAGAAUUUCACAUUUAACUCCUUAGCUUAGCCAAAACUCCUGCCGACCCUAGAAGGGGGCUUAGAGGGAGAGUUUGGACUCCCAGCUGAAACAUACAGUAGCGGAACUUUAACAUCAAUCCCCACUGCCCAAAAAAUGCCAAAUAUUUUCUUUUUGGUGUUAUUUUUGUUCAGAUUGGCUAAAAUGAUUUUUUAACUAGCUCUAGUACCAUGAGCAAUUAAAAUUAAUGGGACUACUUGGGAUUUUUCCUUCAGUGCUUCAAAAUAACUUGCGCCUUUUGUCUUUCCUGGAAGGUCUCCUGUAACCUCUCACGCACAACCCGGUUUGCCGGUCGGGUACCAGGUUACGUGCGUGUGUUGAACGUAAUUAGGAUUUUUUUUUUUUUAACUCAGUACGAUUAGAUGGCGAGUGCUGGAGGCAGGUGGCAGCUCACCCUGAGGUGAAUCCCACGCGUGGGUUCACUUUCAUGGGUGUGAAUGAAUUUUGAUCCAGCCCACACAGUCUCAGAGCGCAGGCGGUUUCCUUUCUCCAGGCCAUUCAGCACUCCCGAACGCAGCGGCUGUUCUCCCACACUGACUGUGCAGGCGCUAGGCGCUCACGCUCGGUAUCUUUCGGAAGCUCCUAAGGGGCAUUUUGGUACUGCCUGUGUGAGGAGUACCCUGGGGAAGCUCGGCCAGGCUUCCGCUGUGGUGCUGCAGCACGCGUGCCCCCGGCAACAGGGCUGUUAGCUGGGAGCCGCAGUCCGGCCUUUUUACGUGUGUUUUUUUUUCCCACGCAAUAAACACUUCACUAACGAUCCUCAGGGAAGGGUUAGGUUAAAAAAAGAAGGCCUGUGAUGUAAUUCCCUUUUCCUCAUUUAGCAACAAGUUUUAAGGAGCUCAGUGGUUGGUGCCAGAGCUCCAAUUCCUGUGCUACGCUCGUACCCCGGAACCGACUGCGGGGCCUCUGCUGCCGAGUACGAGGUGUGCCGAAAACCCAGCGGCCAGACCAGCAGGAACUCGUUUGCUUUUCUGCAGUCAUGUUACAAGGCAGCUCUUAAGGGGAAAAAAGAAAGGGAAAUACAGAAAAAAAGAAGAAAAAAAAAAAAAAGAGGAAAACAGCUGCUUCCAAAAUGCUUUUCUUAUUUUGAGAAAAACGUUGAGACCAGGAGGCCUGCAGGACUCUCUAGGCUUGAUAAUUUACCCGUUAUCCCAUUCACAGCUUGCAGUUUAAAUCUGGGUGUUGAUAAACUAUGAUAUUUAGUAACCAGCUGUUCAUAAUAGCGAUUAUUGAACAUCUUCAACUCUGGUUUGAUGUUUUCCAAGAUAUCUUUUUUAACACGUCCACGUCUGCACCUCUGUUCCGUGGCGCUAGGGUAGCUCCGGAGGGGGACAAGGUGUGCCAGCCAGGGCGGCCGUGCCUGGCCGCUGUCUCGGCGCGGUGCCUGGGCAGGACAGAGCUGAGGGUGUGAGGGACAGCCGGGAGCCGAGCCGAGGGGUAAGUUCCGAACGCUGAGUGCAGUGUGUCCGCGGGACAGCAACUGUAACAACUUCCAGGGGUUCACUGGGAACCCUCAGCCUGAAGGACUGCCGAGGCUUUUCCAGGGUGGCCUUUUCUGAACAGGAAUGGAAAGACCUUGGAAACAUUGCUGUAACAGCUGUAUUUUUAGCUCUUAUAGGAACACCUGAAACGUGAAAUUACUAACGUUAUAGAACACCACUAAUCUUCAUGAGCCAAAAACCUAAAAAUUACAGCAUGAAAUGUUCAGGAGAUUGGUUCGCUGUUGCUAGUAAGCACUUUGAAUGUAAAGAUGUCCUUGGUUAAACCUCCCUGGCUUGUAAUAUAGCAUUUAAUGACCUUAUGCAAUCAAAAAAAAUGCUUAUUUAUAGCUACGCAUGUAUAUAUGUAUAUAUCUGAUGGAGAUAUAUGCAACAGUAAAUGCAAAGACAGCAUGAAGUGAAAAACCGUACAUUUCAACCUGCUCAGGCGCGGGACCUGGUCUCAGGAGGCAAGCCGGGGGCGGUGCCGGGUUGGCCGGGUACCGGGUGUUUGUGCCCGGGGCGCGCAGGGAGCGGGGUUAGCGCUCGGGGUCCGUGCUGCCCAGGCUCCUCCACGGAAGCUACGCUCACGAGCAGGUGGGGUGCUGCGUGGCGCCGUAGCGCUACCCCCCUCCCGCACAGCCAGGCGAGCCCUUUGAAGGACAAGUAGGGUUGGACACGAGUAUCCGUCUCCCCAGAUUCAUAACCGGGCAGAGGUGGGGGUGAGCCUCAGCCGUGGGCUGCGGAGUCACCCCCUACCUUAGCAGGAUUUUUAACUAACUGGUGGGAUUUUACAUUUAGAAUUUCCAAAUGAGAAUAAGAUUUUAUCUGAAGUCUGAGCUCCCUACCCAUGGGCUAGCGUGUACCAACUCCCCAUCCUGCCUCAGCGCUCUUCCCCCAGUCGUCUGCCUUCAAAACAUUUCACUUCAAGCAGGCGCACAAAGACGUACCACGUCAUUUUCAGGCAAAUCAGACCUAAGGAUUUAGUUCACUUGUCAGUCUUGCCAGUGUGAGUGGAAUACAACGUAACGAUACAACUUUCAGGCCAGUAGUUCGGAUAGGAUAUGAAUUAAUUGAUGGUUUGGGUUGUUUUUUUUUUUAACACCUGUGGUUCGGGUAUGUGUGAUGGCGGGCAUCAAGCCACGUGUGCGGCGCGGCAGUGGCACCCAGAGGCCAGGCAGGGCCGCCCACGCUCUGCCCCGCGGAGGGCGUGCAGGGCGGCCAACGGCAACCAGCAUGGAAAGCGAAUGUCAAAAGACAAUAUUAGCGAAUCGUGGCAUUUCAAUAGCCUCUCCUAAAAAAAAAAAAAAAAAAAAAAAGCCUUUUGCCAAUCCUCCUCCUGGACGAUUCCAGCAAAUAUUCUGGAAGUGAAUGACAUCACUGCAUUGCAUACGACUUUCCACGGCCCUUGUAAGGCGUUUUCUGCAGCACCACCAACCCAGCCACAGCCCUGCAGCACAAGAGGCUUCAUCGCCGUCAACUGGGGCCUUCUCUGUCUCUUUGCUGGCACGCGUGGCUUUGCCCCAGCCCCCGGGCAGAACCAACGCGCUCAUUGGUUCAGUUUUCUACUUGUGAGUACUGUAUCCAGUUCAGAACCAACAGCUUACUUUAUUAAAAAUUUUACCAUUUUAUAAAAGACAUGUUUAAUUAUGAUGGAGAUGGCUGUAUUGUAAUUAAUAUUUUGAGAUAAUUGUGAUUUUGAGCUUAAAUUAUAUACAGAAAAAUGGUCAUUUUUGUAUGUGUUAAAAGAUUGCUAUAUUACAAAUGACUAACUGUACUUUUCAGUUUAGUUACAGUAUUAAUGUAAAUAAAGCUGACUGAAGAACUAUUUACUACUUUAUUAACAUAGAUUGUGAAUGUACUUAAUGUUUUUUGCAGUAUAAAGACUUACUGAACUUGAAAGCUGCUUCAUUUUAUGUGCAAAAAGGUACUUCGAAACUAUAUUUUAAAUCUAUUGAUUCAGUGCAAUCAAUUAUAUGGUUAGUUCAUUUGCACACGCAGGUUGUAUCCUUCCGGUUUUAUUUCAUGUAUGACACUUAUCCGUAAGGUGCAUAUUGUGUUUAGAAUGCAUUUUGCAGAUGCUUCUGUACAUAAAACAAAUACAGGGACUAAAACAAUGCUGUGCAGUGUAUAGCAGAGCCAUUUUUCGGCUUUGGUGUACCCAACUUUUUCAGUAUUUAAAAAAAAGUGUUUUGAAUAACAUGAAAAAGGUCUCUUUAUUGUAUAAAUAAUAAAAAUGUCACCUUAUUGUAA